GUUGAUUUGCAUUCACAAAGUAGGCGGUGCCAAUUGCCAAACCCCUUCAAAAUCAAAAUGCAGAAAACCCGCAAAAGGAGGCAGCUUCAGCUCGAUAGCCACUCCAAAACACCCAAAACCACCACUGAAGAGCCAUACCCAUCUCACCAUAGACCCACUCAUGAAGAAUGUAGAGCCGUGAGAGAUGAGCUCUUGGCUCUCCAUGGUUUCCCUCGAGAAUUCCUCAAGUACCGCAUUCAGAGACUCAUAAAAAAUGAGUCCCACAUUAAUGAAGCAAAAUCAGAGCCCUUGAAUAACAAUGUUGAUGGGGAAGAGAGUGUGUUGGAUGGUCUGGUGAAAACUGUGCUCUCUCAGAAUACUAAUGAGCUUAAUUCCCAAAAGGCUUUUGCUUCUCUAAAGUCUGCUUUUCCCACCUGGGAAGAUGUACUCACUGCGGAAUCGAAAAGACUAGAAGAUGUAAUAAGAUGUGGAGGCUUAGCCCCAAAAAAAGCCUCUUGUAUUAAGAAUGUAUUGAGCUGUCUGCAUGAGAGAAAAGGCAAGCUAUGCUUGGAGUACUUACGAGAUCUGUCAAUUGAUGAAAUUAAGGCUGAGCUCUCCAAUUUCAAAGGGGUUGGCCCUAAGACAGUGGCUUGUCUUUUGAUGUUCAAUCUUCAGCAAGAUGAUUUCCCAGUGGACACACAUGUGUUUGAGAUUGCUAGGGCCAUUGGUUGGGUCCCAGCUAUAGCGGACAGGAAUAAGACAUACCUUCAUCUAAACCAAAGGAUCCCAAAUGAACUUAAGUUUGAUCUGAACUGUCUUCUGUAUACACAUGGUAAACUUUGCCGCAAAUGCACAAUAAAAGGAAGUAGCCAUAAAAAGUUGGCACUCGAUGAUGAUUCCUGUCCCCUACGUUAUUACUUCAAGAACUCUAACACGAACGAAAUCAAGUAAUCUUUUUACUUCAAUCUCAGGUCCAUAAUUAACUUCACUUUGUUUUCCUUUUCUCUGCACGGCAAAAAAAGUAUUGCUCUUAAUUAUUUGGUUUUGAGACUUUGGACCACAGGAUUAGAAAGAAAAAUUCAUGAAAAAGUUGCACAUAUAGUGACAUCAAAGAAGGUGAGUACCAAUAAACAUAUGAAGGAGACACUAUACGGGCACCCAGAUAAUGUAGUGCCUGCAUAGUGCAUAAGCAGUCUUCCUAAAGAAAAAAACAAAUUUUGUAGUACAUUGUGAAGGAAAAGAAGCGUGGGAUGAGAAAACCAUCCAAUAGUUUAUACUUGUCCCAGAAGGUUAAAAGUGUAGUAUCCGAUAAUUGGAUGCAUAACUUUUUUUGCUGAAGUAUGAGUCUCAAAUGACUUCACAUUGCUAUAAAGUUUCCUUAUUUGUAUAGAAUUUGGUGUUUGCACGAUUUAAAAAGAUAUGACUAGAUCUCUUGGUUAUCCUUUCUUAGUAGAUAUGCAUACAUCAUUAUCCACUUAUUCUUCUUUUUGUUUCUUAAGCAAACUG